AUGCUCCGGGGAUUAGCUAUUUAAAGUUCAGUCUCUCCGCGCCACGGAGACCUUUCCAUUCUGCGAACAAGGACGCACGGAUCCGGAGCGCAUUUUCAUGAAGGAAGCGAGUGAAAAAGCGCAGAUGAAGUGAGGAUAGUCGUGUUGCAACAAGGAAGCAUCAAGAGUGUCCAUUUCCAACCACUUUCUGAACGGUAUUUUUUCACCAGACGUUUCUACCAUGGGUGUGAAGAUGCUGCAGUGUUUUCCUUUCUACAGGCGCUGUAAAGAGCGCUGCAAGGGCAAGGAGUGCCCUCCAGCAGAAGUUCCCAUCGAGGAGAUGAAGCCCCGUCUGUGCUCCACGACAUCCUGCGGCAGCGACAGCGAAGGAGCGGGAAACCUGAGUCGGAGCUCCCAGAUAUAUUUCUCCACCAAGGCCAGGCUGUCUUUUAGACACCAGCUGGACAGCAACAUCAACGCAGUGGACGCCACUUACUGAGGAGGACAGAGCGCUGCAGAGGAGAUAAAAGGGACUCCAGUUUUACGUCGCCCACGGAGCCUGUGGUGCAGACGUGGGAGUCUGAAAGCUGAACAAGUGCAUCUAUCGUCACCUUUAGAAAGUCAUGCACAGCCACAGUUUGCAUUUUAACCCCUCUUUGCUCGCUGCCAACAAAAGCACUCUCCAUGAUUUCUCAGUUUGAACAAGGGACUGGGAGAACAUACGGGAACAGACUUGGGUUUUCAUAUUUGUGCAUUAUGAUAUGACACUAAGCGAAGGAUCCGGCGCCCUGACAGACAUGAUACUGACGAGAGAGAAGACAUCAUAGAGACUCGUUUACUGCAUUCACAACCAAAAAGUGCACCACUUCUUUUUGUACUGUUUUCCCUUUUUUAAAUGACCCCCUUUUUGACUCACUUUGUUGUAAAAACUGCAGAAUUUUUUGUUUCCUGUUGAGAUUUGGUUUACUUUCUAACCCUACUAUGUGGCAAAGCUAUUUGGAAGGCAAUUAGCCGCGCAGUAGAUUACAUUACUCAUGUUUGGCUUAAGCUCACUCAUUUCAAACUAAAUUCUUUACUCUCACUUUCUUUGUUAUAAUCCUCCUGCAUUCGAUAUCGCUCUAUCAUUUUUUCACUAACUGCUUCUUUCCUAGUUUUCCUGUAUUUGCCGAACAUUACCCGUAAAUCUCCAGCACGUCAAAAGAAAAGUAUCUUUAUUCUUUAAUAAAAAAAACAUGAACUAAUAAUGUACACUAAAAA